AUGACUGCCUUAGAUUGUCCGCCAAAUUAUUCAGGACUGAACUGUGAUUUGCCCAUAUGUAAUCAUCAAGGUUAUUUGGAUUUGGUUAACAAAGUUUGUGUUUGUUGGAACAAUUAUGCUCCGCCAUUCUGUCGUACAUGUUUGCCAGGUUACUGGGGAGCUGAAUGUAACUUAAAGAACAUUGUGCCAACAGAAGUAUCUGAUUUAAUGCAUUCAACCAUUGGAGACUCAAUAGUUAUCAUGAUUAUUAUAUGUCAUUUUAUAUGCGCUUGUUUAUUGGCUUAUUGGCUGUUCAAAGAUUGCUCAUUGCCCAAAGUGGAGCUCAGUGAUGAUCCACCAACCUAUGAAGAAGCAGUUAAUGGAAGUGAUGGAAGAUUACUAGCAGAAAGUCAAUUUCAUCAAAAAACAAAAUCCCAAUAUCUUUUUGGCUUUUUUCUUUUGUUUUUCAUUUCUUUAAGUACAGUCAUGUGUGUAGCAUUCUAUUUAUCGUAUUCAAAUAGAAAUGAUUUAGAAAUGCCAUCGUUCUUAGCUAGUGUACUUGUUGGAGUGAAGUAUGCUCUAUUCUCUUUCACCUCAACGUUUACAAUAGGAGUAAUAAUUCUAUUCUAUGUACAAUUCAUUCGAAUUUUGGAGAUAACCAAGACUAUAUGGAUUCCUCGAGUUCAUGGCGUUUCUUGA